ACGGAAGGCGAGAGAAGUAGAGAGAGAAAGAGAGAGAGAGAGGCCAGGUGAGUGUAUUACCCUUUCUCUCUCCUGGUCGGCCAGUGUCACCACCACCAACUCGUCGAGGAGAGAGACGGGGCCGCGACGGGGAGGAGGAGGGGGAGAGCUCGUCGCCGAUUCGGGUAAGGGGGAGAGGGGUGCGGAGGGGAGCCACCGCCUCGGGUGGGGCCGAGGCCUUGGAGGCUGCCGGGUAGGUAGGCACCCUUGCCGUCGCCGGCCAUGGCCGCAGCGGGGGCGGGGGCGCCGGAUCGGGCGGCGCUGACGGUGGGCCCAGGGAUGGACAUGCCGAUCAUGCACGACAGCGACCGGUACGAGCUCGUGCGGGACAUCGGCUCCGGCAACUUCGGCGUCGCCCGCCUCAUGCGCGACCGCCGCACCAUGGAGCUCGUCGCCGUCAAGUACAUCGAGCGGGGAGAGAAGAUAGAUGAUAACGUCCAGCGUGAGAUUAUAAAUCACCGAUCAUUAAAACAUCCUAACAUUAUUAGGUUUAAGGAGGUUAUUUUAACUCCAACCCAUCUUGCUAUUGUCAUGGAAUAUGCCUCUGGUGGUGAGCUUUUCGAGAGAAUAUGUAAAAAUGUACGGUUCAGUGAAGAUGAGGCCCGCUACUUCUUCCAGCAACUUAUAUCGGGAGUCAGCUACUGCCAUUCAAUGCAAGUAUGCCACCGUGAUCUGAAGUUGGAGAACACACUGCUCGAUGGAAGCCCUGCUCCACGCUUAAAGAUAUGUGAUUUUGGUUAUUCUAAGUCUUCUGUUCUCCAUUCACAACCAAAAUCCACUGUAGGAACCCCUGCUUAUAUUGCGCCUGAAGUUUUGUUGAAGAAGGAAUAUGAUGGAAAGACUGCUGAUGUAUGGUCCUGUGGUGUGACUCUGUAUGUUAUGGUAGUUGGUGCAUAUCCUUUUGAGGAUCCAGAAGAGCCUAAGAACUUCCGUAAAACAAUUCAGCGUAUCUUGAAUGUUCAGUACUCGAUUCCAGAAAAUGUGGACAUAUCUCCAGAAUGCAGGCAUCUAAUUUCAAGGAUUUUCGUUGGGGAUCCGUCUUUGAGGAUAACAAUCCCUGAGAUACGGAACCAUGGCUGGUUCUUGAAGAACCUUCCUGCAGAUCUGAUGGACGAUGAUAGUAUGAGCAGCCAAUAUGAGGAGCCUGAUCAGCCAAUGCAAACUAUGGAUCAGAUCAUGCAAAUUUUGACUGAGGCCACCAUACCACCUGCGUGCUCUCGAAUAAACCACAUCCUAACGGAUGGACUCGACCUAGACGAUGACAUGGAUGAUCUCGAUUCAGACUCAGACAUUGAUGUUGAUAGCAGUGGCGAGAUUGUCUAUGCGAUGUGAGUCAUAUCUCAGACUCAGAGAUAGCAUGUCAUUGAGCAACCAGAGAACUGAAAGGACAGGGUGCUCUGAUGUGUACUAGCAGCCCUUUGUGAAAAGAAUCACUCUGUAUUUUGCUUAGUUUCUUGCUGUGGAAAAUGUUCCUUGGAACUCAUGAUGCUGUUGUAAUUGAACUGGGUUUUACUUCCCUGGAAUAACAGCUUUCCGCUCCUGAGGCUUGGGUACCUUUAAGUUUCAACAAUGUGUUACCAAUGUGCAAGUUAUUAAUCCUGUUAAUGUCUGAAA